ACUAAUCAUAGCUACAAUGAAUGUUCAAAUCAAUUUGAAUCAAUACUAAUUGAUAUUGUAAAAGGAAAAAGCUAAAAAUACCUAUCAAUUACAGAAAAAGGAAUUAUUUAACGGACCAAUAAACCUCUAUGAAUAAAGAUUCAACUCAGUCAAUUUCUCGAAUUAGAAAAUUAAUGAAGUCAUUGGAUGGAUGCUCAUAAUAACUGUAUUAUUAUUGAUGCUUGUCAUGAUAAAUUCUCUCAUUCAAGAUUCAAUUGUUGGUUUUACUGUUCCAUUACUUUCAGUCGUAGGAUUCUUGAUAUUUUAUUUAAAUUGGAUAUCUAUGAAGUUUUUCAUCAACUCAUGAUUUUGA